GCAAAGCGACCCACACAACACACCCCUUCUCUCUCUCUCUCUCUCUCUCUCUCUCUCUCUCUCUCUAACCUCGGGGUUUCGCUUCUCUCGUCUCCUUUCUCUCUCGCCAAUCUGUCUCUCUUAUGCUCGAUACUCCGGAUGUGUAUGCAUCUAUCGCUACUCUCUCUCUCCUCUUUCAGUAGUUGAAAGCAAGAGAAGUUGAGGUGUUAUGGCGACGAUAAGAUCGAGUGUGCCGUCAAGGUUGCGGCAGCUUCUAUCGGCCGACGGCUCUCUCGGCCCGUCUCUUAAGCUGGACUCUGAGCCCCCUCCUAAAGUUAAAGCUUUUAUUGACAAAGUAAUACAGAGUCCAUUGCAAGAUAUAGCAAUACCUCUUUCAGGUUUUCGCUGGGAGUACAAUAAGGGUAAUUUUCACCAUUGGAGGCCACUGUUUCUUCAUUUUGAUACAUACUUCAAGGAAUAUUUGUCCUCUAGGAAUGACCUUACCUUGUCUGAUAGAAUUUUAGAAGAUGAUAGCCCAUUUCCAAAACAUGCGGUUCUUCAAAUAUUGCGAGUUAUGCAGACAAUUUUAGAGAAUUGCCAUAACAAAAGUUCUUUUGAUGGUAUUGAGCACUUCAAGCUCCUCCUUGCUUCUACAGAUCCAGAGAUUGUCGUAGCUGCUUUAGAAACUCUUUCUGCACUGGUGAAAAUAAGCCCCUCUAAGCUCCAUGGGAGUGGAAAAUUGAUUGGAUGUGGCUCCGUGAAUAGCUAUCUCCUUUCUCUUGCUCAAGGAUGGGGGAGUAAAGAGGAGGGCUUGGGUUUAUAUUCAUGUGUUGUGGCAAAUGAUAGGACACAGGAGGAAGGCCUGUGCUUAUUUCCAUCUGAUAUAGAAAAUGAUUGUGACAAAUCUCAGUGCCGGAUUGGUUCUACCCUUUAUUUUGAAUUUCAUGGGCACAAUGGGCAGAGCAGAGAAGAGAGUAGUGGCAAUUUGAGUUCUAGUUUGAGAGUUAUACACCUGCCAGAUCUACAUUUGCGGAAGGAGGAUGAUCUGGUACUGAUGAAGCAUUGCAUUGAAGAGUACAGUGUGCCUUCAGAGGUUCGGUUCUCUUUGUUGACAAGAAUCAGAUAUGCUCAUGCCUUUCGUUCUCCCAGAAUAUGCAGACUCUAUAGCAGGAUUUGCUUGCUUGCAUUCAUUGUCCUUGUUCAGUCAAGUGAUGCUCAGGAUGAGUUGACCUCCUUUUUCGCUAAUGAGCCGGAGUAUACAAAUGAGUUAAUCAGGAUCGUUCGGUCGGAAGAAGCUAUUCCUGGAACCAUUAGAACUCUUGCCAUGCUUGCUUUAGGAGCACAGUUAGCUGCAUAUUCUGCUUCUCAUGAUCGGGCUCGGAUUUUAAGUGGAUCGAGCAUCAGUUUUGCUGUAGGGAACAGAAUGAUUCUCCUAAAUGUGCUCCAGAGGGCUGUUUUGUCAUUGAAGAACUCAAAUGAUCCAUCAUCUAUUGCAUUUGUUGAGGCACUUCUACAGUUCUAUUUGCUCCACAUUGUGUCAUCCUCAUCAUCAGGGAGUACUAUUAGAGGAUCAGGAAUGGUUCCCACAUUCCUGCCACUUUUGGAGGAUUCUGAUCCGAGUCAUAUGCAUCUUGUGUAUUUGGCCGUAAAAGCUCUACAGAAGCUUAUGGAUUACAGUAGUUCAGCUGUCUCACUGCUUAGGGAACUGGGGGGAGUUGAGCUUUUGGCACAGAGGCUAGAGAUAGAAGUAAAUCGAAUUAUUGGAUUGCCUGCGGGAAAUGAUAAUGCUAUGGUUAUAGGUGAAUGCUCUAGGUAUAUUGAUGAUCAAUUAUUCUCCCAGAAGAGAUUGAUCAAGGUUCUCUUGAAGGCUCUUGGCUCUGCCACUUAUACCCCUGCAAACUCCAACAGACCUCAAAAUUCCCAUGACAAUUCUUUACCUGCCACUUUGUCACGGAUAUACAGGAAUGCAGAUAAAUUUGGAGGUGAUAUUUACUAUUCAGCUGUCACCGUCAUGAGUGAAAUUAUCCACAAAGAUCCUACUUGUUUGCCCUCGCUUCUUGAAGUUGGCCUCCCAGAAGCAUUUUUAUCUUCAGUGGUAGCUGGAAUUCUUCCUUCUUCUAAGGCUCUUACAUGUGUUCCGAAUGGCCUUGGUGCCAUUUGUCUUAAUGCCAAAGGCUUGGAAGCAGUGAAAGAGACUUCAGCCUUGAGAUUUCUGGUUGACAUACUUACCAGCAAGAAAUAUGUUGUAGCUAUGAAUGAAGCUAUUGUUCCAUUGGCAAAUGCAGUGGAAGAACUUUUACGUCAUGUUUCAUCACUAAGAGGCGCCGGUGUUGAUAUAAUUAUCGAAAUUACUGAUAAACUUUCAUCUCUUGGGGACCAUAAGUCCUCAAGUUCAUCAGGGAAAGUUAAUGGGAGUACUGCAAUGGAAAUGGAUUCUGAAGAGAAAGAAAAUGCAGAACAGUGCUGUAUUGUUGGUGCAGUGGAUCCUGUAACGGAGGGAGUAAGUGAUGAGCAAUUCGUCCAACUGUGCAUUUUUCAUUUGAUGGUUCUGCUUCAUAGAACAAUGGAGAACUCUGAAACUUGUAGGUUGUUUGUGGAGAAGUCAGGUAUUGAAGCUUUAUUGAAGCUUCUCUUACGGCCUAGUAUUGCACAGUCAUCUGAGGGGAUGUCUAUUGCUUUGCACAGCACUAUCGUUUUCAAGGGCUUUACGCAACAUCAUUCCGCUUCUCUGGCUCGUGCUUUCUGUUCAUCUCUCCGAGAUCAGUUGAAGAAAGCUUUAGGUGGCCUAAGUGCAGCUUCAGGUUCAUUUUUGCUGGAUCCCAGAGUGACACAAGAUACUGGAAUCUUUUCACCACUUUUCCUUGUUGAAUUCCUACUUUUUCUUGCUGCUUCGAGGGACAAUCGUUGGGUAACUGCUUUGCUAUCAGAGUUUGGAAAUGGCAGCAAGGACGUUCUGGAGGAUAUUGGACAAGUUCACCAUGAAAUUUUGUGGCAGAUGGCUCUCCUUGAAGAUGCUAAACUUGAAACUGACGAAAAUAAGGUUGGUUUUGCAACUGAGACACAGGAGUCUGAGUUAAAUACAAAUGAGACUGAAGAACAAAGGCCCAAUUCCUUAAGGCAGUUUCUUGAUCCCUUGUUCAGAAGAAGGACAUCAGGAUGGAAUAUUGAAUCCCAGUUUUUUGACCUUAUAAACCUGUACCGUGAUCUUGGACGUGCUGCUACUGGUUUCCAACUGAGACCUGCUACAGAUGGUUCUUCAAAUCUUCGUUUUGGAGCGAGUCAUUCUGGUUCCUCUGAUGGUGCUUCUGGCUCUGCCACUAGAAAAGAACAUGACAAACAGAGAUCAUAUUAUACCUCAUGCUGUGAUAUGGUCAGGUCACUCUCCCUUCACAUCACUCAUUUGUUUCAAGAGUUGGGAAAGGCGAUGUUGCUUCCUUCUCGUCGACGGGAGGAGACUGUAAAUAUCUCUGUCGCUUCAAAAUCAGUGGCUUCAACCUGUGCUUGCAUUGCAUUGGAUCACAUGAAUUUUGGGGGCCACGUAAAUCCCUCUGAGGCAUCCAUAUCAACAAAGUGUCGCUACUUUGGGAAAGUAAUCGAGUUCAUUGAUGGAAUUAUACUGGACAGGCCUGAUUCAUGUAAUCCUGUUCUAUUAAACUGUUUAUAUGCCCGUGGGGUUGUUCAAUCAGUCUUAACAACAUUUGAGGCCACCAGUCAAUUGCUCUUUGCAGUUAACAGGGCCCCUUCAUCACCAAUGGAGACUGAUGAUGGGAAUGUAAAACAUGAUGAAAAAGAAGAUGUGGAUCAUGUGUGGAUUUAUGGUCCUUUGGCUAGUUAUGGUAAGCUUAUGGACCACUUGGUAACAUCUUCUCUCAUUUUGUCAACAUCCACAAAACAUCUGCUUGUACAACCUUUGACAAGUGGGGAUAGUCCUUUCCCACGAGAUGCUGAGACUUUUGUGAAGGUGCUUCAGUCCAUGGUGCUGAAGUCUGUACUUCCUGUCUGGGCUCACCCUCAGUUUACUGAUUGCAGUUACGAUUUUAUUACCACAGUGAUUUCCAUUAUUAGGCAUGUAUACUCUGGGGUCGAGGUGAAAAACAUCAACAAUAUUGGCAAUUCUCGAAUUACAGGCCCACCUCCAAAUGAAUCAGCUAUUUCUACAAUAGUGGAGAUGGGUUUUCCAAGGGCUAGGGCUGAAGAAGCUUUACGACAAGUUGGAUCAAAUAGUGUGGAGUUGGCAAUGGAGUGGUUGUUAUCCCAUCCAGAAGAAACCCAAGAGGAUGAUGAACUUGCCCGUGCCCUUGCCAUGUCGCUUGGAAAGUCUGAGUCUGAGACAAAGGAGGAUGCUGCAAAUGAUGGUAACCAGCAGCUUGAACAAGAUAUAGUUCAACUUCCUCCUGUUGAGGAGUUGUUGUCGACAUGCAUGAAGCUCUUGCAGAUGAAGGAACCUCUAGCAUUCCCAGUUCGGGACUUCCUCGUGUUGGUUUGCACCCAAAAUGAUGGCCAAUACAGAUCCAAUGUGAUAUCUUUUAUUCUUGAACAAGUAAAGGAUUGCACCUCUGUUUCUGAUGGCAGAAACAGUGCUCUAUUGUUGUUUAUGUUAAAACUUUUAACAGAGAUUUUAUUAAUGUAUUCUUCAGCUGUUCACGUUCUGCUUCGAAGAGAUGCUGAACUUAAUAGCUGCAGGGCCCCCCAUCAAAAGGGCUCAACUGGUGGUAUAUUUUACCAUAUUCUCCAUAGGUUUAUUCCUUGCUAUUGGAGCUCAAAAAAGGAGAGGAAAGUUGAUGGAGACUGGAGGCAAAAACUGGCAUAUAGAGCCAACCAGUUUUUGGUGGCAUCUUGUGUUCGCUCUGCAGAAGCCAGGAGGAGGAUUUUCAUGGAGAUUAGUUGUAUUUUCAAUGACUUUGUGGAUUCAUGUAAUGGUUUUCGCUCGCCUGGAAAUGAUGUUCAAACUUUGAUUGAGCUGCUGAACGAUGUGCUUGCUGCUCGUGCACCAAAUGGUUUGUAUAUUUCUGCAGAAGCUUCUGCAACUUUCAUAGAUGUUGGUUUGGUAAGGUCACUCACUCGGACUCUUGAGGUGUUAGAUUUAGAUCAUGCUGAGUCUCCCAAAGCUGUUACAGGGCUUAUCAAGGUAUUGGAGUUGGUAACAAAGGAGCAUGUUCAUUCUGUUGAUUCCAAUGUGGCAAAGGGUGAGAAUGCAAACAAAUCCCCUGAUGAUCAUGAUCAACCCAGAAGAACGGAUAAUGCUACUGACAUGUCCCAGUCCAUGGAAAUGGCAUCAGAAUUGAACCAUGAUCCUGUGGCAGCUGACCGCGCUGAGAUUUUCAAUACAGUCCAACACUAUGGCGAAUCUGAAGCUGUGACAGAUGACAUGGAGCAUGAUCAGGACCUUGAUGGAGGGUUUGCUCCUGCUGCUGAGGAUGACUACAUGCAAGAAACUUCUGAGGAUGCUAGGGAUCUUGAAAAUGGCAUUGAUACUGUGGGUAUACGAUUUGAGAUCCAGCCUCAUGUUCAAGAGAAUCUUGAUGAAGAUGAAGAUGAGGAGAUGUCUGGGGAUGAUGGAGAUGAGGUAGAUGAAGAUGAAGAUGAGGAUGAUGAGGAGCAUAAUGAUCUGGAAGAAGAUGAAGUACAUCACCUGCCUCAUCAUGACACAGAUCAAGAUGAGCAUGAGAUUGAUGAUGAUGAAUUUGAUGAGGAAAUAUUGGAGGAAGAUGAGGAUGAGGAUGAAGAUGAUGAGGAUGGAGUUAUUCUUAGAUUCGAAGAAGGAAUCAAUGGAAUAAAUGUUUUUGAUCACAUUGAGGUUUUUGGAAGAGAUCAUAGCUUCCCAAAUGAAGCUCUUCAUGUGAUGCCAGUUGAAGUUUUUGGUUCUAGGCGUCAAGGAAGGACCACCUCCAUCUACAGUCUUUUAGGCAGAACUGGCGACAAUGCGGUCCCCACACAACACCCUCUUUUAUCAGGGCCUUCUUCCUUGCAGCGUUCAAUCUCCCAAAGACAAUCAGAGAAUACACGUGAUGUGGCCUUAUUAGAUCGGAACUCAGAGAGUAAUUCAUCACGGCUUGAUGCUAUUUUUCGGUCUUUAAGGAACGUACGCCAUGGGCACCGAAUGAACUUGUGGAUGGAUGAUAACCAUCCAAGUGGUGGACCAAAUCCAGCCACAGUACCCCAAGGCCUUGAGGAGUUGCUUGUUUCCCAGUUGAGACGACCCAGCCCAACAAAACCUUCUGAUCAGAACACAUCAUCAGUGGAACCUCAAACUCAAGCUGAGGCUGGUCAGCUGCAGGAAUCAGUUAGGCCUGAAGCUCCUGCUGAAAAUAAUUUCAAUGCAAAUCUCAGUUUGCCGCCUCCUUCUUCAGUUGCCCUUGGUACUUCUGCUGAUGCUGAUAUGAGGGCUGCAGUGAAUGACCCAAUACAAGUAAAUGAUGUCUCAAGUGCACAAUCACAAUCUGUUGAAAUGCAGUUUGAACAGAGUGAUGCAGCUGUACGGGAUGUUGAAGCAGUGAGCCAAGAAAGUGGUGGAAGUGGUGCUACUCUAGGUGAAAGCCUUCGGAGCCUAGAUGUUGAAAUUGGAAGUGCUGAUGGGCAUGAUGAUGGUGGAGAAAGGCAUGGUUCUGCAGAUCCACAGACAACUAGGACAAGAAGAUCCAGUGUUUCAUUUGGGAAUUCAGUUCCUUCAGCUGUCAGAGAUGUAUCCCUUCACAGUGUAACUGAGGUUUCAGAGAAUUCUAGUCGUGAGGCCGAUCAGGAUGGCCCUUCAGUGGAGCAGCAGGUAAGUAGUGAUGCUGGUUCUGGUUCCAUUGACCCUGCAUUCUUGGAAGCUCUCCCCGAGGAGUUACGGGCAGAAGUUCUCUCAGCCCAACAUGGUCAAGUGGCGCAGCCUUCAAACAAUGAGCGGCCAAAUGCAGGAGAUAUUGAUCCUGAAUUCCUUGCAGCUCUUCCACCAGACAUCCGAGCAGAAGUUCUAGCGCAGCAGCAAGCACAAAGGCUUCAUCAAUCCCAGGAACUUGAAGGACAACCAGUUGAAAUGGACACAGUUUCAAUAAUUGCAACAUUUCCUUCGGAGUUGCGAGAAGAGGUUCUCUUAACAUCAUCUGAUGCUAUUCUUGCCAAUCUUACACCUGCUCUUGUUGCGGAGGCUAACCUGUUACGUGAAAGGUUUGCGCAUCGAUACCAUAAUCGCACUCUUUUUGGUAUGUAUCCUAGAAGUCGUAGAGGUGAGUCUUCUAGGCGCAGUGAAGGUGUUGGAUCUAGCCUAGAUAGAGCUGGAGGAAGUAUUGUAUCACGCAGAUCUCUUACCUCUAAGGUAGUUGAAGCUGAUGGAGCUCCUUUAGUUAGCACAGAAGGUCUCCUAGCAAUGAUUCGCUUGCUUCGCAUAGUUCAGCCAUUGUACAAGGGCUCACUUCAGAGACUUCUAUUGAAUUUAUGUUCUCAUAGCCAAACCAGAACUGCCCUAGUCAAAAUUCUGAUGGACAUGCUGAUGCUUGAUAUGAAGAAGCCUGGCAAUUGUUCAAAUGUCACUGAGCCACUGUAUCGGCUUUAUGCUUGCCAAAGUAAUGUGAAAUAUUCUCGUCCCCAGUACUUUGAUGGAGUUCCUCCAUUGGUGUCACGGCGUGUUCUUGAAACUUUAACUUACUUGGCUCGCCACCAUCCCUAUGUGGCAAAGAUUUUACUUCAGUUUAGUCUUCCACUUCCUUCCUUAGAAGAGCAGGUGCAUACCGAUCAGGCACGAGGAAAAGCUGCAAUAUUUAGUGAAGAGCAUGAAAUUAAUAAAAAGCAGAACCAAGGAGGAUAUAUAUCUAUUGAACUGCUUCUGAGCCUCUUGAAUCAACCUCUUUACCUGAGAAGUAUAGCACAUCUUGAACAGCUGCUUAAUUUAUUGGAUGUCAUCGUAUGUAGUGCUGAAAGCAAAUCUGGCUCAUCUGACAAAUCUGAUGCAUCUGUUGCUGAACAUCGAAAUGUACUUCAACUUUCUGUGUCGGAUGUUGCAGUUAGUAUGGACAAUCGUGAUCUUUCUUCUGGGACUGGUUCAUCAUCCAGGAUGGCAUCAACUUCUAGUGCAGAAAGCGAAUGUGAUGCUCAAAGCAUAUUGCUUAACCUGCCUCAACAUGAGCUUCAGCUUCUUUGCUCAUUGCUUGCUCGGGAAGGUUUGUCAGAUAAUGCAUAUACGCUUGUGGCAGAGGUAUUGAAGAAGUUGGUGUCAAUCACACCAAGCCAUUGUCAACUAUUUAUAACUGAGUUAGCAAAUGCAACACAGAAUUUGACGAAGUCAGCUAUGGAUGAGCUACGCAUGUUUGGUGAAGCAGUGAAAGCACUCCUGAGUACUUCCUCUUCCGAUGGAGCUGCAAUUUUAAGGGUCUUGCAGGCGCUAAGCUCCCUUGUUGGGUCUUUGAUUGAGAAAGAGAAAGAUCAACAGGUUCUUCCUGAAAAGGACUACUCUGCUGCUCUCUCUCAGGUGACAGACAUCAAUGGGACUUUGGAGCCUUUGUGGCUGGAACUGAGCUCUUGCAUAAGCAAGAUGGAGAACUAUUCGGAUACUGCCCCUGAUUCAUUAAUUCCAUCGAGGAUCUCAACAUCAAAACCAUCUGGUGUUACACCACCACUUCCUGCGGGUGCUCAGAAUAUCUUACCAUAUAUAGAAUCCUUCUUUGUGGUGUGUGAGAAGUUGCAUCCUGCACAACCAGGAUCAGGUCUUGACUUUAGUAUUGUUUCAGUUUCUGAGGUUGAAGAUGCCAGCACGUCCACUGGCCAGCCAAAAACUUCAGAAGCUACUCCAAAGGUGGAUGAGAAGCAUGCUGGUUUCGUGAAGUUCUCAGAGAAGCAUAGGAAACUGCUAAAUGCUUUCAUCCGUCAAAACCCUGGAUUGCUUGAGAAGUCUUUCUCACUUAUGCUGAGUGUUCCUCGCUUUGUUGAUUUUGAUAACAAGCGUUCCCAUUUUAGGUCAAAGAUAAAGCACCAACAUGAUCAUCACCAUAGUCCUUUAAGAAUUUCUGUUAGAAGAGCUUAUAUUCUUGAAGAUUCAUAUAACCAGCUGCGAAUGCGAUCAACUCAAGAAUUAAAGGGCAGGCUAACUGUUCACUUUCAAGGAGAGGAAGGUAUUGAUGCGGGUGGACUGACAAGGGAAUGGUAUCAGCUAUUGUCUAGAGUUAUCUUUGACAAAGGAGCACUACUUUUUACAACUGUUGGCAACGAGUCAACAUUCCAGCCAAAUCCUAACUCUGUUUACCAAACAGAACAUCUUUCAUACUUCAAGUUUGUUGGUCGUGUUGUUGGAAAAGCGCUCUUCGAUGGGCAACUCUUGGAUGUCCAUUUCACACGAUCUUUUUAUAAGCAUAUCCUUGGAGUUAAAGUUACAUAUCAUGACAUUGAAGCCAUUGAUCCUGAUUACUUCAAAAAUCUGAAGUGGAUGCUUGAGAAUGAUAUUAGUGAUGUCCCUGAUCUUACUUUUAGCAUAGAUGCUGAUGAAGAGAAACUUAUAUUGUAUGAGAGGACAGAGGUGACUGACCAUGAGUUGAUUCCUGGAGGCCGGAACAUGAAAGUAACAGAGGAAAAUAAGCAUCAAUAUGUUGAUCUAGUUGCCGAACAUCGUUUGACAACUGCUAUUCGUCCUCAAAUAAAUGCAUUUUUGGAAGGAUUUAAUGAGCUGAUUCCCAGAGAUUUAAUCUCUAUUUUCAACGACAAGGAAUUGGAAUUAUUAAUUAGUGGUCUUCCGGAUAUUGAUUUGGAUGACAUGAGGGCAAAUACUGAGUAUUCUGGAUACAGUCCUGGAUCUCCUGUUAUCCAGUGGUUCUGGGAGGUUGUUCAAGGCUUCAGCAAGGAGGAUAAGGCUCGGCUUCUGCAAUUUGUGACUGGCACCUCAAAGGUUCCUCUAGAAGGCUUUGUUGCACUUCAAGGAAUAUCAGGCUCACAGAAAUUUCAGAUACACAAGGCAUACGGCAGCCCCGAUCAUUUACCUUCUGCUCAUACAUGUUUCAACCAAUUGGAUCUACCGGAGUAUCCGUCUAAACAACAUCUAGAGGAGAGACUGCUGCUCGCGAUUCAUGAAGGCAAUGAAGGAUUUGGGUUCGGCUGAGAGACAGUGGAGUUCUGUGGGUGUAAUUUGUGUAGAUAUAAGGUAAAUGUGUCAAAGAAAUGGGUGUUUUGGAAAUGAAUUGGGUAAAAAGGGAAGGGGGAAAAAGCGAAAGGGUGGAUAUGAGAUGUUGAGUUGAUACAUGUUCAUAGAUUGUACAGUCGUGUAUUGGCUAUAUGGCUAAUGCUUCUGGCAGUUUUACAAUUUGCCAAUUCUGCCCCCUUCUUCCUCUUCGUCUAAUAUUUCUACUCCUCC